CCUUUAAAGCUCAUCUUGGUGGCGGGAUGCACAACAUCUUAGGGAGCGAAGGCUAUUUUGUGGACCCAGACUCAAUACUAGCUGUGACAGCUGGCUGGAUGAUAGUGUGGUACCAGGACCAGAGCCCUCAUGUCCUCCCGGAUUCUCCCAGCCUCCCUUGAUUCUGAUCUCCAUGGACGGUUUCCGGGCAGACUACCUCCUGAGGAACAUCACACCCUACCUCGGCAAAAUGAGAAGGUAUGGGACCCACGCACCGUACAUGAGGGCACAGUACCCAACCAAAACCUUCACCAACCACUACACUAUUGUCACGGGCCUAUAUCCGGAGUCGCACGGUAUCAUCGACAACCUCAUGUACGACGAAGUGUUUAGGGCCACCUUCAGAAUCUCCAGUUCGGAGGCCAGGAAUGCUCGGUGGUGGGGAGGGGAGCCGUUGUGGAAUACAGUGGAGCAGCAGGGGCUGAAGGCGGCUACAUACUUCUGGCCCGGGUCUGAUGUGGACAUCCAGGGCAUGCUGCCAUCUUACUAUUACCAAUACGAUGGGAGCGUACCGUAUGAAGAUAGGAUAGACCAAGCCCUGCAGUGGCUAGAACUGCCUCAAAGUGAACGGCCGAGUCUACUCAUUACGUACUUUGACCAGCCUGACCUGGCGGGUCAUAUAGAAGGACCUGACAGCGACGCCGUGAACAAGGAACUGAUGCGUGUAGAUAAGAUGAUCGGUCGGUUGAUGGACGGUCUCCAUGCCAGGAACCUGUCGGACUGUGUGAACGUGGUGGUGGUGGCAGAUCACGGUAUGACUCCAACGAGCUGCGACAGAGUUGUCUAUCUAGAAGACUUGAUGGACAUCAGUCCGAUCUAUGUGCCACGUGAUGGCACGCUCAUGCGCCUGACCAGGUCCUUCAGGGCACCGGAAUCUUACGUCUGGGAUCCCGAUGGCGUGGUCAAGAAUUUGACGUGCGUCGAUGACCACUUUAUGCCCUACACUAAGCAAGCCGGUCUGCCCAAGAGGUUACACUACGCCAACAACCGCAGGAUCGAGGAUGUGGUGUGCACGGUGGAGGACGAGUGGCUGUUCGCCAGGCUCCGCAGUUUUAGUAACUGUGAUGGCGGCGAACAUGGGUACGACAACGAGUUCAGGAACAUGUCGGCCUUGUUCAUUGCUUAUGGACCCGCCUUCCAUCAAGGUGUCGAGGUUGAGCCUUUCGGCAACAUCGAACUGUACAAUAUGUUUUCCGACUUACUGGGCGUAACUCCUGCCCCGAACAACGGCACCAGGGGCAGUCUGAACCAUCUCCUGCGGCAGCCCAGGCCGAUCCCGCCCCAGGAAGACGGGUUGGACUCUACGAUGACGUGUUCCUUUCCUGACACCGACUCAGACUACAACUCUAUCCUCGCAGCAACCAUGCCCGGAUGUUCGUGCAACGUGGCCCAGUGGAGAACAUAUGACCAAAACUUCAACCUGACCAAUUCAGAAGUCUCGCAGUAUCAGCAACUUCACCUACCAACCGGGACGCCCCAGAACAUGUAUACCUCAGAUUACUGUGUCCUGACAGCGUCCAACUACGUCACCAGUUUCUCCCAGCAUUACGCCAUGCCCACGUGGACGGCGUACACACUGGACCAAACCACCCAGGGUCUCUCGUCUGAGAUCGCUGACUGCCUCCGGACAGAUGUCAGACUACCGGCGGGGCAGGCGGCCUCCUGCUCCGAGUACGAGAACACGACGCUGUCCAUGGGAUUCCUCUAUCCACCAAGUCUGAGUGCCGACCUCACGGGGCAGAUGGAAGCCUUGGUCAUGUCUAACGUCGUACCGCAGCACCGGGGCUUCAAGGAAGGCAUUUGGAACUUCACGAUGAGCCUAGUCGCCAGUUGGGCACAGAUGUACCAAGGGGUCCAUGUCGUCACCGGGCCCAUAUUUGAUUACAACUUUGACGGACUGAGGGACAACGUAACUGCCCAGUACAUGAGGUUCGUGGAAGAUACUACAACAGGCAUGCCUAUCAGGAUCCCGCUUCCCACGCACUUCUUCGUGACUGUCACCAGGUGUGACGGAGGCAGCCUAGUAUCUACGGACAGGUGUCCCAGGUGGCAGGUGGUGUCUUUCAUCCUGCCGCACGCAGACAGCAUACCCACCUGUAUGACCCCACGGGAGUACCUGUCCAUGAACGUGGCACGCGUGAAGGACGUGGAGCUGCUGACAGGCCUGACGUUCUACCGGGACCUCCCCGUCACCGACGCCAUCCGACUCAAGACCCACCUGCCCGAAGCUCAGGACCUCUGGGCCUGGGCAUAGACACGGGUGUUGGGCUGUACGGUUUGCUUUGGACGAGAAAGGACAGAAACAUGUGUAGUUCGAUGGAGUCCGGCAACUCCUCCUCUUGUCGACGCCAGUUUACUCUACCGUUGAUCUGAACCGCCAACCAAUUUGAAACGUAGGGCGCCUAUAUAUCUUGUGUACUUUUGUUGUCAUGCCCACAUUCUCAGUAAAUAUGAUCUUAUCAUAGCUUUAGGGGCGCAAUCCUAUCUAUGCAUCAUGGAAAGCAAAAAGUGCCGUUGCGACUUUGCUGUUUUGCAGCAAGACACGUUGUAAAAACAGAAUGUAUUCAAAUAAAUAUAUGCGUGAUGUAAGUUUCAAAAUGAAGGAAAGCAGAAUCGGAAAACAGCAUUCGAGUAUCAAAAGGUUAACGUUUUAAGAGAUGAUGUGUAUAUGGUGCGCAUAUUUUAUUGAAUUUUACUACCACGGAAUGUUUUGUUGUAAAUGUCGUCUGAACAUAGGCAUCGAGGCACGAGCAUCAUUUGACAACAUAUCCCUUUGACAGUUGUGCUCAGUUUUACCGAAUAAUGACUACAUGUCUGUACCUCAGUCCUUGUGGGAUUGUAACUGGACAUCGCUUGAUGAUGUUGUCUCUAUUUGUGUGGUUGUAUACGUGACAAUAGCAUCAGAAAUCAUAAACCAAACCCAUCAACCCAUGUUAUAUUGAUUUGUUCAAAGAUAGAAAUAAGGGCUAAACGAGAAUUUUCGAGCGUAUGUCGUACAUGCGAUGUUUUGGCACAAGCUGUUUUGUUCACAGACAGUCAAGCAUUGGAGUAUUAUUAUAUAUUGGAUACAGUAACAUGGCAAAGCCAAAUAAAAACGGUAUUCUUGACCUAGAGCUGA